UUCCCGGAAGCGGGUGGCUGUCUGACAUCGCCGCUCCCUCCUCGCGCCAUUGAGAAGUCAGUUGAAGCUCGUGCUAGCCUAUUGACUCCCACAGUACGUGCAUCUCUACGCAGUAAAUCAUGGCUGAGCAUGAACCCACCCCGGAGCAGCUAGCAGCCAUCGCUGCCGAGAACGAGGAGAGUGAGGUUGUGAACUACAAGCCACCAGCACAGAAGAGCCUGCAGGAGAUCCAGGAGCUGGACAAGGACGAUGAAAGCCUGCGCAAGUACAAAGAGGCUUUGCUUGGCUCAUCCGCGUUCACCGCAGAUCCCAACACUCCCAAUGUCCAAGUGACACGGCUGACUUUAGUUUGUGACACGGCCCCUGCUCCUCUGACCCUUGACCUGCAAGGGGAUCUGGAGAGCUUCAAAAAGCAGUCAUUUAUACUGAAAGAAGGGGUGGAGUAUAGGAUAAAGAUCAGCUUCAAGGUAAACAAGGAGAUUGUCUCAGGGCUGAAGUAUGUACAACAGACCUUCAGGAAAGGGGUAAAGCUUGACAAGUCUGACUACAUGGUGGGCAGUUAUGGGCCUCGACCAAACGACUAUGAGUUCCUCACCCCUCUGGAGGAGGCGCCGAAGGGAAUACUGGCCCGUGGCACCUACAACAUAAAGUCCAAGUUUACUGACGACGACAAGCACGACCACCUGUCCUGGGAGUGGAACCUUAACAUCAAGAAGGACUGGAAAGACUAAGCUGCUCCUGAACCUCUGCUGCUUUUCCUCGCCAUCGUUUUCCAAUCUUCCUCCUUGUCUUUCCUCCCCAUUUCCUGCAUAAGUACCUUCAUCAUGGAAUAACUGGUUAAUCAACAGUUUCUCACUCCGUCCAUCUUCCUGCCAUGCCAUUCUUUGCAGUUGCUCCUCCCCUUCGCUCCCUUCCAAUGAAUGAGUAUUGAGGAUUUUCAUGAAAAAUAUAUAUGUGAAGACAAACAAAUGUGCACAAUCCAAAUUUUGUGUUUUUGUUUUGUUUGUAUAUAAAAGUUAAAAAAAAAAAGAGAGGAAAAAUUUUUGAAAAACAUGAAUGCUUUUGACAUGGCUGUUGUUGGUAAUCUUCAUGUCCCCCAUGCUUAUCCUUCUGUGUCCUUUACCCUACCCAUAUGUGUCCUGUGUGCUGAUUUCGUUACAUUCCUUUUCUCUUUAUUCUUUCUUUUUAAAUUACCAUUAUCUGCCUUGAUAAAAGUAAUGGGAAAUGCUUAAUGUUUUGCCACUGGCAGAACUAACAGCUUUCCUCAACCCUACACAUGUGGGAAAGUAACAUGUACCUUUUUGAGAUGAUCUGUGUGCAGUGGUUAGCGUGGCUGGUUAUAGCGGACAUUAAAUAUCUGUUCCUUAGCAGGGACACGUUUGCAUGUGGGUAAUGUAGUGUUUCAAAGAUGUAGCUGUCUAUUGCAAAUGUGACCUAUCCACUAAAGGAGCUCCACUGAUCAGCCUUCCUGGUAGUGGCCUGUGUGUGUUCUUGUUUUAAGAAAAAAAAAAAAGAAAAUAAAAUCAUGUGGCCUUAAGAAGUUAUUCCUGUAGCACGAUGUUGAGGAACUUGUUGCCUUUUAAAGUGUAACAGUUUUAAAUAUCAAGUCAUUCCCCCAUGGCUGGAGCCAAAGGUGCAUUUGUUCUGCUUCCGCUUGGGAAGGAUCGUUUCAUCUGGUGCCUCGUCCACUUGGUUUGAUUCAGGAUAAACCAAAACAAGAAGGCCAGUAGAAGUAGGCGAACUAUGCUGAAAAACCAACUCAGUUUUGGCCCCCGUAACUUCUCUUGCUUUAUUCAUUUGUAGUUUCUGUCCAGUGAAAUUCUCUCUCCCAAAUGCCUCCAUUUUCUAAAGAGGGCAAGUGCUUAUUUUGUGAAAUGUGCCCUUUGCAUUGUGGUCUACACAAGUUGUCAAUGAGUGCUAAAGAGAUUUCUUGAAGCUGAAAGGGCUGUUUUUGCUUGCAGACCUCAACUAUUAAAUGCUUCAGCAAAAACUUUCAGCAUCACUCGCUGUGCCUCCACUGUUUACCAUCACAAGCUGCUUUAUGAAGACCUCCAAAACAAACAAAACUCUAACUGAGGUGUGCAUAGGUAAGAUGGACAAUACUAGUUUAGGGGAAGUCCCUUCAAUCUGGAUGCAGUGUAGCUGUCUUUCUUCAGUCCUUCACUUUAGCUGUUUUCACUUCAAGGAUUAAUCUCAAUAGUGAAUGCAUCCGGUAUUGUUCACACCUUUUCAUUGACAACAUUGCCUAUAAAUGUUGCGUGGAGAUUUUUAGCACUUGCUUCUUCCUUUCAUUUGGUCUCUGUGUACUUCUGUCAUUCUUUCACUGUGGAAGGAGAUUACUGUUCAUCUAUGUCACCAUUAAAAUUGUUCAAAAUGAAA